GGACAAAGGGAUUUGACGGGCUUGUGUUAGCCCAACAACAAUGAUAAACAUAAGCCCAUCGUGACAUAAACCCGUUUCGACCGCCCUGUUUCCCGCGCAUCCUUCGCAAUCGGCAGGGAGUUUGCGAGUGCGAUAUGCUCAACAAUUCUCCUACAAUGGAGGAUCUCGACGGAGGAAUGGCAAGUGAAGUAGACAGAGAAGAGGAAGAAGCGGUGACCGACUUACUCCGUGAUCGAUUCCGAUUAUGCACCAUCUCCAUUGCCGAAGCCGAGGCCAAACAAUGCGGUAUGGAGGUUUCUCAACCGAUCAUCACUUGUAUAUCUGAUUUAGCCUUUAAGUUUGCAGAACAGCUAUCAAAGGACCUAGAAUUAUUUGCACAGCAUGCUGGUCGUAAGUCUGUAAACAUGGAAGAUGUUAUUCUUUCCGCACAUCGGAAUGAUCACCUGGCUGCCUCAUUGAGGUCCUACUGCAAUGACCUCAAAGCAAAAGAGCCCAAUUUCGAGAGGAAGAGGAAGAAGAAUUCCAGAAGGGAAGGUAGAGUUGCUCAAGAGUUACUACGUACUCCAGACACUUAGAUUAGAGGUGUGCCCAGUUUCACCAUGUGUCCAGUUUCCUAAUAGCUUGGUGAGAGGAUCAUCUGUGCAGCAACCACAACUUUUUGAAGUAAACAGAUUGACAGCAUUACUGAAAAGUUACCUCAAAGUAGCGCCUCAAGUGAAAGGAUAAAAAAAACUUUUGAAUUUGAACUUCCAUGUCUCAUUAGUCCGGGACAAGCUCACAACUUGGAACUUGGAAUAGUAUUGGACAAUAUUGAUAUCAUGCUAGGCACAUAAUGUAGCUGCUGAUAAGCAUUCUCUGUAAAUGAAACUUUUGCACAAGAGUAUUGUCUGUAAAAGUAAUCAGUUGAUAAAAAGAUUAUUAUACUUCUUUUUAGAGGUAAUCGAAAUUGUAACCAGGCUGUAACGACCUAGUAUUUUUUUUUCCAAUGGAUUUUAGUGUUAUUUCAUAAA